GAAGCGUCGGAGGCGAUGACGGCGAUGUCGGGCUCGUUCUCCGCGGCGGCUGAGUCGGACGCCAACGCCCAGCUCUCUUCGCCCCCGCGCGGCGCCGGGGGUCUUCAGCUCAAGAUCGCGGGGGUGCUUUCCCGGGGCGCGGCGCACAUGACUCCGUCGCCGCGCGCUGUCUCGUCGGCGCCCGCGCCCUGGCAGUGGCUGCAGAGCCUGCUGGAAGAGCUCGCGACGCAGCGCGGAGGGCUGCUGCCGCCGGCGCCGCUUCGCACUGCCUUCUGCGGCUCCGCG